AGUUUGGCAACUGUAAAAAGGGUCAAAGGCAAGCUAUUCAUUCCUGUAUCAUAAUAUAUAGUUGAGUCCCAAGCUCACUCAUUACUGGGGGAUUAUAUGUCUUCUGGCUAAAACAGACAGAUUGGUAAUACAGCAAGAGGGUUUCAGCUGGUUAGAAGGGUCAGGGGCUUCGCCAAUUUUGCCAUAGAAAAUGCCUCCUCCUAAGGGUGACAGUUCCAAAAAGGCUGACCCAAAGGCACAGGCCAUGAAGGCUGCCAAAGUAGUGAAAUCAGGACCUACCUUUAAGAAGAAGGCAAAGAAGAUCCGAACGUCUGUCACAUUUCAUCGGCCAAAGACAUUGAAGAAGGACAGGAAUCCUAAGUACCCUCGCAUCAGUGCUCCAGGUCGAAACAAGCUUGAUCAUUAUCAGAUUCUUAAAUACCCACUGACAACUGAAUCUGCUAUGAAGAAAAUUGAAGACAACAACACAUUGGUGUUUAUCGUUGACAUUCGUGCUGAUAAGAAGAAAAUAAAAGCUGCAGUCAAGAAAAUGUAUGAUAUUCAGACCAAGAAAGUGAAUACCUUGAUCAGGCCUGAUGGCACAAAGAAGGCAUAUGUGAGGUUGACACCCGAUUACGAUGCUUUGGAUGUUGCAAACAAAAUUGGAAUUAUUUAAGUCAGUAUCCCGCAUCCUUUAAAGCCUUCAUUUUUCCAUUUUGGUUUGGAGGACCUGAGAGAUUCAGGGAUUAGUUUAAGAGCUGUAAUUUUGUAUUUCUUUUUUUCGGCUGCCAGUUCAUAUUUUGCUUCAGCUUGUUUAGUUGGACUGGGAUGGUUCAAGUUCUGAUUCACUUUCUUUUGUUUUAAUGGUUAGCUAUCUUUGAUUUAAUGACACUUCUUUCAAUUUCUUCU